AAUCUAAUUUAUUUAUUUUAUUAAAAAUAAACAAUAAAACUGUAAAUAAGUAAAGCAUUAAACAUAAAAUUAAUUAUAGAAAAUGAACAAAUCAUAAUAAUCGCCACCAAACCAUGAAUAAAGUUAAUAAAAAUAAUUGUUAAACUAAUCAAACAUUCAUUAAAAGACAUUCAGCUUAAAUAAAAAUCCAAAUAUAGUUCAAACAAUUGCUUAAAAUAACUAAAUGCAUUCAACUCCGAUUUAGCCUUCAAGAUUCGGGUUAAAAGAGAAAUUAAAACCAAUAUCAUUUAAUUCAAUAAAAGUAUUAGAAGAAAUGGAAAAUUAAAUAGAAGAAGCAAGUGUAUUAUUUAACGGAGCAGAUUAAAAUACAUAAAAAAAAAUGAAUUAAUAUAUUAAAUAAAUAGAGCCUUAAUAAAAAAGGAUAAAACAGGCAAAUUAAUUUUAAAUAAAACCUUUAAGGAAAAAAGAAAGUGAUUUUUAAAUGUUUAAAGAAAUAUUUGUCCUACCAUAAUAAUCGCGAUUAAAUCAAUUAAAAAUAGCUGAAAAAGAAUAAGAAGUUUAAGAAAUAAAAUUUUUAGAUUCUGCCGAAUAGUUUUUUCAUUCAAGUAAUACAGAGAAUCCAAAUAAUUUAAUGAAUAAUAAUAAAAAAGAUAAAAAAAGUGUAGUGAAAUUUAAUUAAUAAGAAGUUUUUAAAAACUAAAGUGUUUUAAUUAAUUCUACUUUGAAAGAAGAUGCUAAAGUCAAAAUGGGUGUAUAAACAUAAAGUCCGGUAAAAAGAGUACAAGAAAAGAAUUUUAAAAGUAAUGUUUCUAUAUUAGAGUAGACUUUAUGUUUAGAUUAAAAUAAUGAACCAUAAAAAUAAUUCUUUGAUUAAUUAAUUUAAGUUUAACCUCCUGACUUACCUAAUGCAACUUCUUUUUCACCUAUAAAUCCUGGUAAUGGGUAUGCUCCUUCUGUGCCUUUACUUAAUAUAUUUGAUGAAAAUAAUAAAAAUAAUGUAAAGGAUCUUCUAAUAAGAGUAAAAGCAGGAUAAUAAGCAGGUGAUGUCUAAAAAGAAGCACAUUUAAGUUUUUAUUUAGGAGUAGUUUAUGAUAAUUAAAAGAAAUAUAACGAAGCUCUUAAAUCUUAUCUUAAAUAUUAAACAUGCGCAAACAUAAUGGAAGAUAAAAUUGGUAUUGCUUUAGGAGCAAAUAGAAUUGGAAUUGAUUAUUUUUAUAUUAAUGAUUAUGAAAAAAGCCUAGAAUAUCAUAAAAUAAACAUAGAAAAUUCCGAUUAAGAGAAUAUAUUUGCAGGCUAUUAUAACUUAGGUAUAGUCUUAAGAAAAUAUCAAAUGAGAUAAGAGUCUAUAGAAAAUUUUUCAUAUGCUUUACAAUGGUCGAGAGACAGAGAUGAAUUAGAAUCUGAAUGCCUUUGCUUAGGAUAAUUGGGACUAACUUUGUAAGAAUCGGGAUAUUUAGAAGAUUCUUUAAAUCAUUUUACAGAUUGUUACGAAUUAAGCAAAAAAUUAAAAAAAAUAAACUUUAAUUAGAUUGUUUAUUACAUAUUACUAAAAUUUUGGGAUAUAUAGAAAUGAAAAAUACUGAAAAUGGUGUAAAAGUUCUUAGAGAUUCAAUUGAUUGCGCAAAAAUAUUAGAUGAUAAAAAAACUGCAUAUUUAUGUCUUUGUAAUCUUGGUGUUUUAGAUGGCCAAAAAGGAUAUUAAAGUUAUGUUUUAAACUUAAAUUUAGAAUAGGAUUGUGCUAGUGAUGAGGAAGAUUAGGAAUAAAUAAAAGAAUAUGAUUAACAAGAAGAAUGAAACUAUUAAAUAUAUAUUUACAUA